AAAUUGACAAAUGCCAAUAAUUAAUUCAACAGCAGCAGAGGCAGCAGCAUCUAUGUAGGUAAACAGCUGCGUUUGCUCCACAAACARCAACAACAACAAACAGAUACAUAAACAGUAAACUAGAUACGACGUUCAACCCCCACGGCCAAACCCACCACCGCCAUUUCCACCCCAACUCAUACCACCACUACCACUACUUUUAAUAAAAGGGCAACAACGACAACAACAACGGCAACAGAGGCUCAUCUGUAACUGUAAACCCGCUCGCAAGUAUUUCGCAAUAUGGCUUUGGAUUUUGUGGCCACCUACAAGGUGUUGGUGCUCGGUGACUCCAACGUGGGCAAGACGUGCAUCGUGCACAGGUACUGCGAUGAGAAGUACUACGACACAUACAUCUCCACAAUCGGCAUUGACUUCAAACAGAAACUCAUCAAUCUGGACGGUGUGCCCAUAAAGCUGCAAAUCUGGGACACAGCCGGACAGGAGCGCUUUCGCACAUUAACCACGGCCUACUAUCGCGGCGCCAUGGGCAUUCUGCUGAUGUACGAUGUCACCAACCUGGAGAGCUACAACAAUUUGUCCUACUGGUUGCGCAACAUACAGGAGAACGCCUCGCCAGACGUGGUCAAGGUGCUCGCUGGCAACAAAUGCGAAUGCUCAACGACACAGCGCAUGGUGGACAAGGACAGAGGCGAAAAGAUUGCCGAAAACUUUGACAUGCCAUUUUUCGAGGUCUCUUGCAAAUCGAAUAUCAACAUUGAGGAAGCAUUUCUAUCACUGGCUCGCAAGAUACGCGAGCAGCGCGAGAGACGAGGCGACAAUUUCGACAAUGAUGAUAAACAGGACAAGAAGUCGCCCGGCUCGAAUGGCCUGGGCACCUUCAGUCUGGGCAGCUUGUCGGGCGAGAAUCGCUGCACCUGCUAAGCUCCCUGUAGGAGCGCUGGGACACCCUGAGCCGCUGCAGCCUG